AUGGAUGACGGCAAGAACAACCCGGGCUCCGACUCCGAGUCGCGGCCCUCGACUGCGCACACCGUCUUCCGAAGAGUACCCGGAAGCUUUGACGACGCCGGUAUCUCCCCUAUGAAGGAGGACUUCGACAUCCAUUAUCAGCCCACCCAGCCUUCAGCGAACGCGACCGCCUUGAAGCCCGAAACCAUGCUCCCCCCUCUCCAACAACCACCUCCCUCGACCGCCGCUGAUGUCAGUUUUGCCGAGAACACAAGUCUCGAUGACCUCAGGCACUCGGAUUCCCAAGCCGAGAUAGCGGUUCGGCAGCACCUCCAAGACUUCGAGUCCAGCUUUGCCGCCCCACCCUCACCAAUACCCACGUCCGCAAAUGGCAUAGACGAUACGUACCUCUUCGACUCUCCAUCCAAGAAACCACAGCCCGCCGCAACAAGCCAAACGCCAUCCAUAUCCCUCGAUUCGCAAGACGAGUCACAAGAGUUGCCCGCCCCGAACAGGACACCUUCGGCUGCAAGUCAAACUCCUUGCCCACGGCCGGCCGUCCCACCCGCCCCUGACCAUGACACCACAAGUACCAACAGCAGCAACACUUCUGCCCUAGAAGCCUUUUCGUCCUCACCCACUGCUACGGCCACAGCACGGACCGUUUCGAGAGCUCUAUCCCGAGCCAGUGCAAAACGGAGCGACAAUGAGGACGACGAGAACGAUGCCAGGGAUGCGGGGGAUGCGGCAGAGGAGUCGAGCUGGGGGAACGACCGGAAAUCAUACCAGGCAGCCUUCGACGAGGACCUGUCGUACCUCCACCCAUCGUCCGGUGCUCCUAGAACUAUGAGGCACAUGAGCUCCGAUCAGAGCUUGCGCAAGGCCGGCCUUGACGCGGGGAGCACACCUGGUCAUGCACUGCGGGCCGGGAAACGGCCAAAAUACUUGCGUAGCCGGAACGGUAGCCAACGCUCGUCCGUGUCCUCGUUCAAUACCGACCCCGAGAGCGAUGUCACGGUUGGAUUGGGUACCGACUAUGCUCUCCAGUCCGGUGGCGCUCUGCCCACCCUGGGCCUAUCGCGUAGCACGAGCAACGUACUCUCCAGAACUGUCAGCAUGGGGAGCAUGGCGAGCGGAAUCGACGACUUCCACGACUCAUCUGGCCCGAACCUAGGUUUUGGCCACCUCGAGACACUCGACGAGUCCCCUCGACGGCCGACUGCCCACCGACCUGACGAGGACAAUCUCCACACUCCAAAGGCAGAGCGUAACCCUGCCUCGUUGACGGCGCCGACCGACACGGUGAUCGCCCGGCACGUCAAGAAUGUGCAUGUUCCCGAGUCACUUGCGAGGGAAUACAAGACCAAAAACGGCCUUAUCACCCCUGUUCGGAAGCCAUCCGACUUUAGCACAGUCAGUGGCGCCGGCCCGCCCACUACCAGCCGCCACGGCGGGAAGAACUUGACGCUGAAGGAACAGAGCAGCACGAUUGAGCGGCUCAGCAAGGAGAACUUUGACCUGAAGCUCAAGGUCAUGUUCCUUAGCGAUCGACUCGACAAGCUCUCUGAAGAAGGUGUUAAGGAGAUGAUCUCGGAGAAUGUCGAACUCAAGACGGGACUUGCAGUGCUCCAGAGGGACAACAAGGUCUUGCGCCGCAGGGUCAAGGAGCUCGAGAGGCAGGCCAAGGACGAGGACGAGCGGCCUGGGACUGCCAGAAGCGGCUUCUCCGAGGACGACCAGAGCGGGCCAACCUACGACCCAGAGGCGCAAGAAAGGGAAGAAGAAGUCGUGUUCCUCAGGGAGCGAAUGGAGGAAUACGUGACCGAGAUCGAGAGGCUGAGGGCCGAGAACCUGACCAAGGAAAAUGAGAAGCGACGCAUGGCCGAGUUUGUCAAAUCCAUGGGCGACAAGACGGGUGAGAGCCUCGGCCGGCAGGAGGAAACAGACGUCUGGAAAGAUCUCCUCGAGCAGGAGACCGCGAGGAGGGAACAGGCCGACGAUGACAACCGCCGGCUGCGUGACGAGGUCUUCCGGCUCAAGCAGGAGAUGAGCAGCCUGACGGGUGGGCUACACCACACCACCAACAUCUACAACAUCACCAAGAAACGAGACAGGCCAGCGUCGCCAAGCCGGCCAGUCUCGUCCUUCUCUGGGGAGAUGGAUUCCAAUGGCGUCGCCCUCAGCGCCACAAGCACCCUCGUCGAAGAGCUCCGCAGGGAGAGCGAGCAGCUUCGCCACGAGAACGCCGAGCUCCGCCGCGAAGUGGGUGCUCAGACUUCGAUGCUGACAUCGAGAAACAGAGAAAAGGAGCGUCUGUAUCAGGAGAUAGAAGACCUCAAGAUGGCGCAGAGGCGUGGCGGGGCCGCGCCAUCAACAGUCGACAGCAUCCUAGAACGUUCAGCGUCUCGAGCCGGGGCGCAUGAAAGGUCUCACUCUCGCACCAGUGCCGGGACAAGGGCAACCGGCACCGCACUUGACGAUGCCGAGCGCGAUGAGCUGGAGGGCAAGAUGGCCGAGAUGCGAGACAAGAAUAACGAGCUCAAGCUACACAACCAGGAUCUGCAGAGGGAACUCGAUGCGUGCAUGGACGAUUUCGAGGCUGCGAUCGAGGGGAAAAAGCAGGCGGAGGAGCUGGUUGGCGCGUUGCAGGAGGAUAUCGACACAGCCAUGAACGACCUAGUGGCCCUGCAGGCCGAGCGGGACGAGGCCCUACAGGAGCACGCGAAUCUCGAGGCUGAAUUUGAGGCCCUGCGAAAGGAGGCACAGGAGGAGAUCGACGCACUUGAGGGCGAGGCCGAUCAGCGCACGGACGAAAUUCAACGCCUGCAGCUCGAGCUGAAUGACCGGUCUGAAAACUUCGAUGCCUUACAGGAGGAGAUGCGGAGGAUGAGCGAGGCACUCGUGCGGCUCGAGGACGAACAAGACAACAAGCUACGACGCAUCCAGCAGCUGGAACACGAGCUGGGCGAGGCGAACAAGGAGCUCGAGGAAUUGGAGACCAAGCUCCUGGAGUCAAACGACAAGGCCAACCGCCUGUCGGUGCAACAGGAAUCGAGCCAGGGCGAAAUUGCAUUCUUGCGAGAGGAGCAGGAGGGCGACAAGAUCCGCAUCGGCGAUCUCGAGGCGGCCAUCGCCAAUGCCGAGCAGAGCCUGCGCGAGGAGAAGGAUCGCACCAGGGAGCUCGACCAGCGUCUUGCCACCGAGCGGCGGCAGCGGGAGAUCGUGGCGACACGCGAGAAGGAGGAGGUGCAGCAGUUCGUCAACGAGCUCAACCGCGAGGCUUCGGGGGCCAAGGACGAGGUCAGGAAGCUGCGCAAGAACCUGCGGAGCCGCGAGGUCGAGGCUACGGAGUGGAAGGAAAGGCUCAUGGAGCUGGAAAACAACCUGCGCGAGGCGCUGGGAGACCUCAAUGGCACGAGGUCGAGUCUUCUCAAGUCUAUCGCCAAACUCCAAAGGGAACUCGAGGAUACGGUCAGAGAGCUGGAUUCCACAAAGGCCUCGCUCAUGGAGAAAGAUCGCAUCAUCAAGCAGCGCGAUUCCCUGCUCGAAACCCACGGCCUCGAGUCUCGCAAGCUCGCCGAGAUGCUCGAUAAGGAGCGCCAGGCGCACCGCAACACGAAGCACCAAUUCGAGACCUUCCAAAAGACGCACCAGCACGUCACGCGCACGGUCAGCUCCCAGGACUCUCGCAUUAUGGAGCUCGAGAACGCAAAGGUGCACGAUAAGAAGAGGAUCGCGCAGCUCGAGACCGAUUUCAAGGAGCAGCUCACCGAGCGGAACAAUCUGUUGCUUCUCCUCUGGACGAGGCUCUCGUCGCUCUGCGGCACGGACUGGGCCCACGGCAACAGCCUGAUUAACGGCCGAGCACUGCCGUCGCUCGAGGCGGUCACGACGAUGCUGCCGGGCUUCAGCAAGAACCUCAUGGCCGCCAUCAGGACGAUCGAGGCCAUGAUGGGCGGGUUCCAGGGCAAGAUCAAGAACGUCGAGAAGGAUCUCUGGAGGGAAUACCAAACCCUCGAGAGCCACCUGGAGAUGCGGACGAAGAAGCUGGACCGGCUCGAGGCCAUCGUCCGCAACGGCGUCGCAGCCGGCGCCCUCGGCCUCGGCGGCGACCAGCUCGCAAAACUGGCCCGCCUGGAGGAGGAGUACCGCCGGCUCAAGAUCGAGAACCACACCCUCCGCACGGCGGCCGACGUCCGGGCUCGGUCGGGCUACGGUACGGCCGGCGGCGGCGGCGACCUCAACGACGAGAUCGUAGCCGGGAGCCCGUCGCCGUCGAUCCCGACGGGGCCGCGCGACCGUGGGCGGGACCGCGUCGGGGGGGCGAGCCGCAUCCCCAAGUCGGGCAGCCGCGGCGGCAACAACAGCCGGCCCGGGACGAUGUCGAGGGCGACGAGCAGCCACGGCGGGGUGAACCUUGCGGCAGAGGAGCUGGGGCUCGCCGAGGCGGGGGAUGAGGGCCAGAAUGCAGGAGGGGGAGGGAGCAUGGAGACCAAGUGGAUGAUACGGCUCAAGGACCUCGAGUACAAGAUCAAGGCCGAGAGGGAGGCGCGCGUGCUGGACCGGGCGGAGGCGAUGAAGCGGAUCAGCGCGUCGGAGAACGAGAACCAGGUGCUGCGGGAUAACCUGGAGAGGGAGAAGAGGCGGCAGGGGCGGUGA